AUGCCGGAGCUAUGGAUCAUUCCUGAUGGAGUCGCGGUGUAUGGUAGCACAGUGGGAGAGCACACUGCAAAAUUGGGCAAGUCGACCUCCUCGAAUGAGAAGCCAUGGAUUCUGCCUGUCAUAAAGAAGGCGAUGGAGAUGCUCUUGAAUGAUCCAAACUUGGACCACGAAUACUUGCCGAUCACCGGUCUCCCAGAAUUCACGAAUGCCGCUGCACGACUAGUGCUGGGCCCCAACUCGCCUGCCAUCAUGGAGAACCGUGUCUCGAGUGUGCAGACGAUAUCGGGGACGGGCGCCAACCAUCUUGGAGCACUGUUCUUGAGCCGGUUCUACCACUGGGUGGAGGGCACGCCGAAGGCCGCAUACCUGAGCGAUCCCACAUGGGUGAACCAUUUCCAAAUUUUCAAGGGUGUCGGCAUUGCGCCGCUCACAUAUCCGUAUUACGACCCCUCGACGAUCGGCCUUGCGUUCGACGCCUUCCUCACGACGGUCCGGACUGCACCACCGAAGUCGGUGUUUGUCCUCCACGCGUGUGCUCAUAAUCCUACUGGUGUGGAUCCCACACGAGUGCAGUGGGGUUUGAUCGUGGACGCUGUGCUGGAGCGAGGCCACUAUGCGUUCUUCGACUGCACAUACCAACGCUUUGCCAGCGGUAACCUGGAUCGGGACGCUUGGGCGAUUCGGGAGUUUGUUAGCAGGGGUGUGCCGAUGUUGGUCUGCCAGAGUUUCGCGAAGAAUGCUGGACUGUAUGGGGAACGUGUAGGCACACUGCACAUUAUUUCGCCGACACCAGAAGCUGCGCUUCGAAUCAAGAGUCAGCUGUCAGUUCUGACGCGAAGCGAGAUUAGCAGCCCACCCGCGCACGGUGCCCGCCUGAUGGCGCUCAUCAUGAAUAAUGCAAAGCUGUUUGAAGAGUGGAAACGCGAUAUCAAGACGAUGGCGGAGUGUGUCAUCGCGAUGCGAAAGGAGCUGCACUGGCUGUUGACUGAAGAGCUCAAGACGCUGGGCAACUGGGAUCACAUCGUGAACCAGAUUGGCAUGUUCAGCUUCUCAGGAUGA